AUUGUAGGUCAGAUAACUUCCGGUGUAGAAAAGAACGUGUCUAUAUGAAAUUAGAUUGUUAAAAACAAAUUUUUUUAUCAUUUCAAAGAUUCAAAAUGAAGCCAUUAAUGCUGCACGGCCAUGAACGUUCCAUUACACAGAUCAAGUACAACCGGGAAGGAGACCUGUUAUUUUCCUGCUCCAAAGAUCACAUACCAAAUAUAUGGUAUGCCCUCAAUGGAGAACGACUCGGAACACUCAAAGGUCACCAGGGAGCAAUCUGGUGCAUGGAUCCAAUUUGGGACACUAGUAAAACCAUGACUGGCUCUGCUGACAACACUUGUAAAGUAUGGGACACACAAACUGGGACCUGCGUCGCGACGAUGGAAACCAGAACUGCUGUCAGGACAUGUGGCUUCUCUUAUAGUGGAAAGACUCUCAUGUAUUCCACCGAUAAAACCAUGGGCCAUCCGUGUGAAAUACAUUUAUACGACGUCAAUGAUGAUGAACAGAUUAGAAGUAAUAAACCAUACAUGGUGAUGAGUCUUCCAAUGGAGGAGCCCAAGAUCACCAGUGCCAUCUGGUCUCAUCUUGACGAUCAGAUCUGUGCCGGACACGAGGACGGUUCGUUAUCGCAAUGGGAUGUCCGGAUGGGAAAACAGACGUACAAGAUGCGUGAACACAACAAGCAGAUCAAUGAUAUCCAGUUAUCGAAGGACACUACCAUGGUGAUAACAGCCUCUAAAGAUACAAAAGCCAAAAUCUUCGAUUGUGCCUCUUUAGAACCUCUCAAGACAUACAAGACAGACCGACCUGUCAAUUCUGCUGCGAUAUCACCCACCAAAGAUCAUGUUGUGUUAGGAGGUGGCCAGGAAGCCAUGGAUGUCACAACCACAUCAACAAGGGUUGGUAAAUUCGAUGCGAGGUUUUUCCAUUUGAUCUUAGAAGAAGAGUUUGGUCGAGUGAAAGGCCACUUUGGUCCCAUCAAUAGCUUGGCAUUUAGUCCAGAUGGAAAGGGGUACAGCAGCGGUGCAGAGGAUGGUUAUGUCAGGGUGCAUCAGUUUGAUCCUGAAUAUUUUGAAUUCGAAUACGAGUAUUAGAGAACGGUUGGCCUCGAAUGAGACUGUUGUUGUUCUGAUAUAUUAGUAACAGGUGUAUCAGGAUUGUGGAGGAUAUGGGUAAUGUGCUGGUGGGAGACUCUGAGUUGAGAGAGCUGACUUUUGCAAAAACUUUAUGGACAGUUUGUUGUUGUGGACAAGUUUCUACGAUUUUGGAUCCUUCGGAAGUCGGGGGCUAUUUUCCUUGUCUGUGAUAUAUUUUGUCAAACUGUAGAAUCUGUGCUUGGAAAUGCUUGGAAAUGCUAAGUGACCCACAUAGAUCAGUCGAGUAAAGUGCUCUAACAGGGAAAUAGCCCCCGGCACAGAAACAAAUGUUUUACAAGAAGAUUGACACCUUGGGUCUGCUAGGAAUAUGAAGAAGCAAAAUGACAUUUCAUCGAUCGACCCUGAUUUGAUAUGUGAUCUGUAUCAUCUUCGUAGUAAUGCCUUCUUAACUUGGUAAAUGGAAUCGUCAAUGAAACAUGUUCGGUAUCCGACUGUAAUAAACUAUUUGCAUAGAAAGAA